GAAUUAACAUAAAUGACAAGCACAUUUUUUUACUUGUAUGAAUCGUGAACAAACCUAGUGAAAAUUGUGUAAAAUUUCUGUACCAACUGUGUUUGCCAUCUGAAAACGUGGAUAUUUUUUAACAACAUACCACGAAGCAAGCGAAUUUCAUCUACUCGAAUACCAAAAUUGUGGAAGCAAAGCUAAAAUUAUUGAAAAAGCCCAGCAAUAAAAACAUAAUGAAGCCUUUAAAAACGGCACAUUAAGAGCUCCCGUUUCCAGUUACCCAUCAUAGAGCCCCAAAAAUCGAGACCCCUUGUGUGGCCUUCAGUUUGCUGUCAACUCUUUGCUUACUAGGAGUGACAGAUUGAGGUACCGGACACACAACAUAUUCUUUAGCAAUCUGCGUUUGCGUACGCACAUAUAUAUAGAUAUAUGUCGUUUGGAUCGUGAUUAGGCCGCAUCGGUAGCUAUGUCCACUGCUAUGGCAAUGGCAGCAGCGGCAUCCUCGAGUGCCACGGCAGCAGCCGCAGCAGCGGCAACAACGACGGCCAUUAGCAACUCCACCACAAACACCACAGCGUCACCGGCAACAACCAACACGAUGAACAUCACCACGAAGACCAUAACGCCGGCAGAGGUACCAAUGGAACCAGCUCCAGCUCCAGCUCCAAGUAUGGCCCCCAUAGCACUGGAAAUCGAAGAUUCUGCAAGGAAUGAGACGGAUGACUUGGAGCACGGUGCCCCAAAGCCACGUAGGCAGCGCAAAACGACAGUGGUGCACACCUGCCCCCGCCCGCCGGGUGGCUACAAGUACUCCAUGGAGUUUCUCUACGGGAUCGGUAGCGGCAUGGCCGGCAUGACACUCAAUAUACCAACGCCCUCAUCGAUCACCCCUCGCACCGUAAGAACCACGGCCCCCCUACUAACCACUCACAUGCCCUUGCUGACCACCAUGGGCGUCGCGCCACCACGUUCGUCGGGCAUUCGCUACGCAGGAUCUGCUGGAGGCGCCAACGGAACCACGGCAACAGCAUCUACGACACCCAGCACAGUCACAACAUCAAUUGGCUCGCCGGGAUCGGGAGCCGAAGCAAUGACAAGUCCAGUUUCAUCUAGUGGCUUGCCAGCAGCGGGCGGCUUACCAGCCCAGUUCAUAUACCAGGGAUAUCUGCCCACUGGACCGCAGCGGCGUCUGUGGCACGCGGAGAACGCCGUUUGGCAGUUCGAUAGAAAUUAUCCAUACAACCAGGCAUACUCGCCGCCAUAUGGCAUACCCAUGAUGCCGGUCGGCUUUGAGCAUCCGUAUGGGCAGAGAAUAAUAUACCCGGGCUACUACAACCAGGCUGCUGGUGGAAUCAAUGCAGCUGCGGUGUCGGGAUUGGCACGCACUAGUCGUCAGGUGGCCCAACAGCCACAUAUACUGGCUCAACCCGCUGUGGGAACGGAAAAUAGCGAGGAAGCGCCUGCCACACUUGGCAACGCUCCUCAGGUGAGCAGCCCGUGGCGUUAUGGCAGACCGGGAACACACCGCGGACGACAGGCGGUGCCCACUGCAGCGGCAUCAGCUUUGCUGCACAGGGAUUCGAAGACUUUUUACAACAGCAUCGCCAGUGGAAUGGGUGGCGGUCCCCGCUUUAAAGCACCCUUUGUGGCAAAUGUCCGUAGUUUUCAGGGAGGAGCUGUGGCAGCCGGAGGACCUGCAACCGCAGCAGAGGUGGCCUCAAGUGUAGCUGCAACGGGAGCAGCAAGCUCCAGUGACCAGAAUGUGGCAACCAGCCGCAACAAUCAAGAAGCUACGACCCAAAACAAUCCCAGAAAUCGUCAUAAUGCCAAACGGGGUGGCAAGAAUUCGAUUGGAAAGGAGCACACAUCAAACUCCUCCGGAUCACUAUCCAAUUCAUCCUCGAAGUCCCAGCUGAACAAGCGACCCAGCUCGAACACCUCGAUUUCGCCAAUCAAGCAUCCACAUCGCACUUAUAGAAACCGGAUGCGUUAUACUGCACCGGAGCCAUCUGAGCAAAAGGCGGUGACCACGUCCGUUCCAAUAAGUAACUACCAGCCACCGCAGCAGCCGCCAUCAGCAGUGCGAAGAGUUCCGAAGUUCCAAGGAGCAAAUGCCUAUCAAGGACAAACUUCCGGUAGACAGCAAUCUCGUUACUACCAAUCGAGGCACAUGGAUGCUUUCGUCUACCAGUCUGGACACUAUAUGGUUUAUGCAGCGGGAGCACCGCCUGUGGGAUUGGCAGCCGGAAAGCCCGGAGUAUCAAAAGCAACCGGAGCACCUGCCGGUUCAGCAGCAGGAGCAGCAGCAGCAGGAGGUGGAGGUGGAGGAGCUACAGCUACGGUCACAGCCAGCAGCGCCACUUUGGAGGGCGAGCAGCCGCUGGACUCGGACUUUGAUCAGCGCCAGGAAUAUGCUGACUUGGGUCUGGAUCCAGCCAAUGGCGGCUUCUCCUCCGACCUGGAGCCGCCCGCUCUUAAGCAGGACACCUCCGAGCUGGACGCUCAAUCGUGCCUGCAAUCGCAUCCAAAUUCCGAACUCGACGGCGAUGAUAAUCACUCCCUCACCAGCUUUGCUCCCAGUGUGGAGAGCGAUGAUUCCGAAAGUGAACUAAGCGAUGCCUCCGUCGAGUCGGUGGUGCGCGAUAUAAUGAUCAGCUGCUUAGCAAUGGCCACCGGGGCUGAGGAGCCCGAUCUCAGUGGGCCCAAUCUGGUGCCCUACGGCGAUAUGCAUAAUCUUAAGGAGCUGGACCGAAAGAGUCCCCAAACCAAUGGCUACAGAUCCCACAGGCAAUAUCAUCAGUCGCAUUAUCCCUACCAUUCGCAACUCAGUCCAAGAGGCUUGAGCUGCUGCGGCGAUAUGUUGAACCAACACUCCGAAGAUUUGGUAUUCAAGUUAGACCAGAGUCAGCCGGAUGCCAUUGAAAGCGGGAAGAAGAUCCACUUGAAGGAAAUAGCCGAGGAGCCGGACAACAUCUCUAUGGCCUCAAAUCUCUCCUGCAGUCCGUCUGCCAGUUCCAGCAAGAGUGUAAUGGCAUCCAAGUCCAAUAUUACAAUGCCAGAAGAACACGAUGAUGAUGAACUGCCCUUGGUGGUUCACAAUCGUUAUUGGCGCGAAUUCUUUGGUUACACGCCAGCAGAUCGCUUUUUACUCCGAGCCAAGUUGGUGGAAAUGAGACGUCCACCGAAAGUUGUGGGCUGCAAGAACAAAUGGGAGCCCUUGUCCCUGUCCGUGUGGAGGAAGUUCCUCGAGUCCCAGCAGACACGUCACGUUUACAAGACCAAAAUGCGACUGUGGCGUGCCAUUUACACAGUGGCCAUGAAAAACUAUCCAAGAUAUGGACUUUAUUUGGUGGGCUCAUCCAUUUCGUACUUUGGUUCCAAGUGCUCAGACAUGGAUAUCUGCAUGCUGGCCUGCACCAAUCCGAACAUUGAUCCCCGCAUGGAGGCCGUCUAUCAUUUGCAAGUCAUGAAGGCGCUACUGAGCCGCACGGAUAUGUUCCAGGAUUUCAAUUUGAUCGAAGCACGGGUGCCCAUACUGCGAUUCACCGACCGAUGCCACAAAGUGGAGGUGGACAUCAACUUUAAUAACUCCGUUGGGAUCAGGAACACCCAUCUGCUGUACUGCUACUCCCAGCUGGAGUGGCGAGUUCGUCCGAUGGCCCUGACCGUGAAGCAGUGGGCCCAGUAUCACAACAUCAACAAUGCCAAGAACAUGACCAUAUCGAGCUACUCGCUCAUGCUAAUGGUCAUUCAUUUCCUGCAGGUUGGAGCAAGUCCACCUGUGCUUCCAUGUCUGCACAAGUUGCAUCCGGAUAAGUUUGGUCUGCUGCAGCCCAACGAUUUCGGUUAUGUGGACAUGAACGAGGUGAUGGCUCCGUAUCAGUCGGAGAACAGCCAAGCGCUGGGUGAGUUGCUGUUGAACUUCCUGCACUACUACAGUGUGUUCGAGUAUGGGAAGUAUGCCAUCUCGAUACGAGUGGGUGGUGUUUUGCCCAUAGAAGUGUGCCGGGCAGCCAGUGCACCCAAAAACGAUAUACACCAAUGGAAUGAGCUGUGCAUCGAAGAGCCCUUCGAUCAGACGAAUACAGCUCGAUCGGUGUACGAUACGGAUACCUUUGAGCGGAUCAAAGCCAUCUUUGUGGCCAGCUACAGGAGACUGGAAUCGACGAGGAAUCUUAGUGCCAUAUUCGAGGACUACGAUGGACCCACAAUACUGAUGCAGCAGCCAUCGGUGGACUCAGAGGUCGAACUCUACGAGGGUCAGCACCACCGCAUGCUACCGAAUCGAGGCUCCUCCAGAUCCAACAGCACAAUGCCAUCGCCGCGUCCUUCAAAGCUGAUGGUGGACAAGGCAACAACAGCCAUUUGGGAUGAUAUUAACAACAAACCAGAUGCCCAGCCAGUUAGCAAUUACAAUAGCUAUGAUGCCAGUCAUGAAAGUAUUGGCAACGGCAGUCAGAUGCGAUCCAAGGAUAAUCCUGUGGCCAGCCAGCCACCAAUUGCUUAAAAUCUCUCACCUAAACGAAAAAAAAACACUCAGCACAUUCAAAACACACUUAAAAAGAAAAGAAUUAUUUGUAUAUACGCGCUAAUCAGGAUUUUAAAAAAAAUUUGAGGGUUGUGAACGGAAGUUUUUUGUAGUAGUUGCCGGACGCUUUUCAACCGAUUUAAAUUUGACGUUGGAUAUUAACAUAAGCUAGUAGGAAAAUAGCUGAUUUUCGAAUCACUUAACGUGAAAUGACCAUAUAAAUAAUCACACGCCUAUCUCAACGCAAAGUCGGUCGCAAAAAAACACAAAAAUCUGCUAAAAUGCAACAAACUGUUUCAAAUGUUUGCGUACCACAACGGCUAAACUUGUUUUCACAAGCUUCACAGCAAGACAAUUGCUAAAAAAAAAAAUAGACAAAAAUACAAAGCGUGCAUUAAACAAAUAAAACCAAAAAAAAA